UGUGCGGUCAGUGUUUUUUCCUUCCGUUUAGGUCGGACAACCUGAGUCGGAGGAGCGGCGGGUGAGGGGCUUGACUAAGCCCUGUGAGCCAGUGGGAGAAAGAUGUCUCCCCAGCUGUAUGAGUUCCAUCUGCCCUUAUCCCCAGAGGAGUUGUUGAAAAGUGGAGGGGUGAAUCAGUAUGUUGUGCAAGAGGUGCUAUCCAUCAGACAUCUUCCAUCACAGCUUAAAGCAUUUCAGGCUGCCUUCCGAGCCCAGGGGCCUCUGGCCAUGCUGGAGCACUUUGAUACUGUCUACAGCAUUAUACAUCACUUUCGAAGUAUAGAUCCUGGCCUCAAGGAAGAUACUCUGGAAUUCCUGAUAAAAGUGGUAUCCCGCCAUUCCCAAGAACUUCCAGCUAUCUUGGAUGAUGCAGCUUUGAGUGUGUCAGAUAGAAGCGCCCACCUAAAUGCCCUCAAAAUGAACUGCUAUGCUCUGAUCCGCCUUUUGGAAGCCUUCGAGACCAUGACCAGCCAGACAAACCUCACGGACCUGGACCUUGGUGGGAAGGGUAAGAAAGCCCGGGCCAAGGCAGCCCAUGGCUUUGACUGGGAAGAAGAGAGGCAACCAGUUCUUCAGCUUUUAACACAGCUGCUGCAGCUGGACAUUCGUCACCUUUGGAACCACUCAAUAAUUGAAGAGGAAUUUGUCAGUUUGGUUACUGGUUGCUGCUACCGCCUCCUGGAGAACCCUACCAUUAGUCACCAGAAGAACCGCCCCACCCGGGAAGCCAUAACACAUCUGCUGGGUGUGGCCCUGACACGCUACAACCAUAUGCUCAGUGCCGCUGUGAAGAUUAUCCAGAUGCUGCAGCACUUUGAACACCUGGCAUCUGUACUGGUGACAGCUGUGAGUCUUUGGGCAACGGAUUAUGGAAUGAAGAGCAUAGUGGGAGAGAUUGUUAGGGAGAUUGGACAGAAGUGUCCCCAGGAGCUGAGUCGGGACCCUUCAGGGGCAAAGGGCUUUGCAGCUUUCCUGACAGAACUAGCAGAACGUGUCCCAGCUAUCCUGAUGUCCAACAUGUGUGUUUUGCUAGAUCACCUGGAUGGAGAGAAUUACAUGAUGCGCAAUGCUGUGCUUGCGGCCAUGGCAGAGAUGGUACUGCAGGUUCUCAAUAGUGAUCAGCUGGAGGAAACAGCCCGAGACACCAGAGACCAGUUCUUGGACACCUUGCAAGCCCAUGGCCAUGAUGUCAACUCUUUUGUGCGGAGCCGUGUUUUGCAGCUCUUCACCCGAAUCGUCCAGCAGAAGGCUCUCCCCCUGACCCGUUUCCAGACAGUGGUGGCUUUAGCAGUGGGACGUCUGGCAGACAAAUCGGUGCUAGUGUGUAAAAAUGCCAUCCAGCUGCUGGCCAGUUUUCUAGCCAAUAAUCCCUUCUCCUGCAAGCUUAGUGAUACUGACCUUGCUGGACCACUGCAGAAGGAGACCCAGAAAUUACAAGAGAUGAGGGCCCAGAGGCAAGCUGCAGUUGCUUCCGCAGUGCUAGACCCAGAGGAGGAGUGGGAAGCCAUGCUGCCAGAGUUGACAUGUACCCUGCAGCAGCUUCUAAAGCUUCCCCAGGAAGAAGAGGAGAUUUCUGAGGAAAUUACUAAUACGGAAACUGCUGAAGAGGUGAAACGACGGAUCCAUCAGCUGCUUGCCAAAGCUAGUUACAAAUACGAGAACAGGCUAAGGUUAGAUGACUUGGCCGUCACACAGCUAAUAAGCACAACAGUUUCCACACAGGAGAAGAAUCCCCAGGGGUCUGCAGGGAGCAUGGGCCCAGAACAGAGUGUCUGUAAGGACACGCCCAAUAUGUUAGAGCCUGAGAAAUCCAGGGAAAAUGAUGAACUGGUGAAGCAAGAGAUGCUAGUGCAGUAUCUGCAGGACGCCUACAACUUCUCUCUGAAGAUUACAGAGGCCAUUGGCAUCAUCAGCACAAUGAUGUAUGAAAGCACAACUACAGUGGUGCAGGAGGUGAUUGAGUUCUUUGUGAUGGUGUCUCAGUUUGGGGUACCCCAGGCCCUGUUUGGGGUACGCCGCAUGCUGCCUCUCAUCUGGUCUAAGGAGCCUGGUGUCCGGGAAGCUGUGCUUAAUGCCUACCGCCAACUUUACCUCAACCCCAAAGGGGACUCUGCCAGAGCCAAGGCCCAGGCUUUGAUCCAGAAUCUCUCUUUGUUGCUAGUGGAUGCCUCAGUUGGGACCAUUCAAUGUCUUGAGGAAAUUCUCUGUGAAUUUGUGCAGAAGGAUGAGUUGAAACCAGCAGUGACCCAGCUGCUAUGGGAGCAGGCAACCGAGAAGAUCCCCCGCUCUCCUCUGGAGCGCUGUUCCUCUGUCAUGCUUCUGGGGAUGAUGGCACGAGGAAAACCAGAAAUUGUGGGAAGCAACUUAGACACACUGGUAAGCAUAGGGCUGGAUGAGAAGUUUCCACAGGAUUAUCGGCUGGCCCAACAGGUAUGCCAUGCCAUUGCCAACAUCUCCGACAGGAGAAAGCCCUCUCUGGGGAAACGUCACCCUCCCUUCCGGCUGCCUCAGGAGCACAAGUUGUUUAAUCGACUGCGGGAGAUGGUCACAAAAGGCUUUGUCCACCCAGACCCACUCUGGAUCCCAUUCAAAGAGGUGGCAGUGACCCUCAUUUACCAUCUAGCAGAGGGUCCUGACGUGAUCUGUGCCCAGAUAUUACAGGACUGUGCAAAGCAGGCCCUGGAGAAGCUGGAGAAGAGCCCCUCCCAGGAGGACCUGAAGGAGACCCCUAUGCUCCCCACUUACCUGCUGAUGAACCUGCUGUCCUUGGCUGGGGAUGUGGCUCUGCAGCAGCUGGUCCAUUUGGAGCAGGCGGUGAGUGGAGAGCUGUAUCGGCGCCGAGUUCUUCGGGAAGAACAGGAGCACAAGACUAAAGGUCCAAAGGAGAAGAAUACAAACUCUGACACCACCAUUGAGGAGGAGCUGGGGCUGGUUGGGGCUACUGCAGACGACACGGAGGCAGAACUAAUCCGUAGCAUCUGCGAGGUGGAACUGUUGGAUGGCAAACAGGUCCUGGCUGCCUUUGUUCCACUUCUGCUUAAAGUCUGCAAUAACCCUGGUCUCUAUAGCAACCCAGAUCUUUCUGCAGCUGCUUCACUUGCCCUUGGCAAGUUCUGCAUGAUCAGUGCCACUUUCUGUGACUCCCAGCUUCGUCUUCUGUUCACCAUGCUUAAAAAGUCCCCACUUCCCAUUGUCCGGUCUAACCUCAUGGUUGCCACUGGGGAUCUGGCCAUCCGCUUCCCCAACCUGGUGGACCCCUGGACACCUCAUCUGUAUGCUCGCCUUCGAGACCCGGCUCAGCAAGUGCGUAAGACAGCAGGGCAGGUGAUGACCCACUUGAUCCUGAAGGACAUGGUGAAAGUGAAGGGGCAAGUGAGCGAGAUGGCGGUGCUGCUCAUUGACCCUGAGCCUCCCAUUGCAGCCCUGGCCAAGAACUUCUUCAAUGAGCUUUCUCACAAGGGCAAUGCAAUCUAUAAUCUCCUUCCAGAUAUCAUCAGCCGCCUGUCAGACCCUGAGGGUGGAGUGGAGGAAGAGCCUUUCCACACCAUCAUGAAGCAGAUCCUCUCCUACAUUACCAAGGACAAGCAGACUGAGAGCCUGGUGGAGAAGCUGUGUCAGCGCUUCCGCACAGCCCGAACCGAGCGGCAGUACCGGGACCUGGCCUACUGUGUGUCCCAGCUGCCCCUCACAGAGCGAGGCCUCGGAAAGAUGCUUGAUAAUUUUGAUUGCUUUGGAGACAAGCUGUCAGAUUCGGCCAUCUUCAGUGCUUUUUUGUUGAUUGUGGGCAGGCUGCGGCGUGGAGCCAAGCCUGAGGGCAAGGCUAUAAUAGAUGAAUUCGAGCAGAAGCUUCGGGCCUGUCACACUAGAGGGGGCGAUGUGCUAGAGGAGCUUGAGACUGGCCAAGGGGGAAGCCAGAGAGCCCCGUCGGGCACCAAGAAACAAUCCGCUGUUUCUAGGCACCAGCACGUGGCUUCUGCUGCCUCCGACGAUGACUUUGUGACACCUGAGCCCCGCCGUACUGCCCGUCGGCAUCCAGAUACCCAGCAGCAAGCUUCUAAAAAGAAACUCAAAAUUGUCUUCUCAAGUGAUGAGUCCAGUGAGGAAGAGCUUUCAGCAGAGAUGACAGAAGAUGAGACACCCAAGAAAACAACCCCCAUCCGCCGAGCGUCCACUCGCAGACACAGGUCCUGAGAGGUCAUCUUGCUUGUUCCCAUCCCUGCUAUGCAGGGGUUCUGUGAGGCCACCUGAAUCCUGUUCUCCUUGUAAAAUAUUUGUUUGCCUGUCUCCUUGUUUUUUAAUACGUAGAUGAUCUUUAUAACGGAAGGCAUUUCUCUUAAACUAGCCUAACUGAACUGAGUUGAACUGCUUUCACUUUGGAGUAUGUUUGCCAAUCUCCUUGUUUUCUAAUGAAUAAAUGUUUUUAUGUACUUUUAUUUUUUUUAAAUAAUAUUUUAUCGUAUUUUCGGUGAGCGUUUACACAGCAAACUAGGUUUUCAUUUAACAAUUUCUACACAAAUUAUUCAGUGAUAUUGGUUACAUUUUUCACAAUGUGUCAGUCAUCCUGGUUGUUGCAUUUCUAGUAAUCUAGUUUCGCUGCCCCCUUACCUUCUCAUCUUUGCUUUAGAGUAAUUGUUGACCAUUUAGUCUCAUAUAGAUGAUUUUUUAAAGAAAGACAGUACUUACAGGUUAUAUUGUUUAUCUUAUGAGCCACUCUGUUGUUUAGCUAAAAGGUAACCUCAGGGGAUAGUUUUAGUUCAAGGUUUGAAGAGUAUCUCAGGGCGAUAUUCUAGGGGACUCCUCGGGUCUCAGUGGAUCCAGCAAGCCUCGGCUCUUUAAGAAUUUAAGUUCUGUUCCACAUUUUUCUUCCAUUCUAUCAGGGUCCAUAUAUUGUGGCCCUGAUCAGAAUGGCUGUUAGUAGUAGCUGGUAGCCAACAGUAAUCGGCACCAUCUAGUUCUUCUGGUCUCAGGGUAGAUGAGGCCAUGGUUCAUGUUGACUAUUAGUCCCAUAGACUAGUUUCUUCUCUGAUCCUUUGGUUUCCUUCUUUCUUUUUUGCUGUGUACAAGUAGAGACCGGUAGUUGUAUCCUAGAUGGCCAUGGCCGCUCGCAGACUUAAAGCCCCAGAUACUACUCACCAAAAUAGGAUGUAGAACAUAAACUUUAUGAACUAUAUUAUCCCAAUUGACCAAGUUGUCCCAUGCCAUGAGAUCAUGGUCCUAAACCUUCAAACCCAU